AUGAAUAACCGUCAAAAUGCGCCGCACAGGUUUAUGAACUUAGUCACGGCCGGUGUGUCUGGCAUCAUUUAUGACUUCUUUCUCUACGCGGGAGAUGAUAUUACCUUUACUGAAGAGGAAGAGACUAUGGAUGUUGGAAGUAAAAUAGUUUUAGCUUUAUCUAAGACUAUUCAAAAUAAAGCAAGUGUGGUCACAUUGGUGAGUUCUUUUGAUGAUGCAUACCCUGUCGAAAAUAUUAAACGAUUCAGGAAAGAAGCAAAAUCUCGUGUUGAUGGAAAAUGUCCUAAAAUUGUGAAAGACUAUAAUCGUCACAUGGGAGGUGUCGAUUUGGCAGACAUGCUGAUUGCAUUAUAUCGCACUGGAAUAUGA